CACUUGUCGCUCCGCUUCGUGCGCCGGCGGAUGAAUGGUGUGGAGCCUGACUGAAAUCAGGCGCUCUGAUUGGCUGAGAGUUCCGGUGCCCCGCCCCCUUAUUGUGACGUGUAUGAAAGAGAAAAACGAUAAUAAACAAAGUGAAGUUUAGGGAAGAGGAAACAAACAGGUAGAAACACGGAGGUCGGUGGAGGAGCAGCGACUCUUUGAGCCUGAUCAGGCCGGACUGAGAACGUCCUUCUGCGGGGGAGCGGCAUGAGGAGGCCCGGGCCGCGGGGCUCAUGGCCGCGGUGAUCUGUGAUGGAGCCGGGCGGGACGUCGCAGCGCAGCGGCCGGUCCGCAGAGUCCUGCUGGAGGGGUCACAUCGUCCAGCAGCUAAAACACCGAGACCGGAGCCAGAAUGCCAUGUUUCAGGACCUGAUCCGGUUCUACACUCAGCUGCUGGAGAAAACCAGUCUGACGAAAGGACUCCUGAGCAGACACCCCUGGGCUGCUGGUGGCUCCUCCCUCUCGUCUGUGCCGCAGCAGAACAGUCAGCUGAAGGAGACGACGGGAGAGCUGGCCUAUCAGGUGGUGGAGCUGCAGCAGCAGAUCAGGGACAAAGAAUGUGUGGUGCAGGAGCAGCGCACCAGGCUGCAGGAGGAGGAGUCUCGGCUGGCAGGUGUGUUUGAUGCUCACCAGGCGCUGCAGGAGCGGGUGGAGCAGGUUCAGGUGGAGAACAGGACACUGAAGAUGGAGUACGAUGCUCUGUUGGAGCGUCAGAGGUGGGCGGAGUCUAGACUGAGGGAGGAAAAGGUACAAGAAGAACACCUGCUGGAGGACCUAAUGUACCUGAAGAAGCAGGCCGCCUCCCGCAUGAACACCCGCAACGAACGCCGCUCCAGAGCUCGACAGGCGACGCUGCAGAAGGAGCUGCAGAUGGCUGCCAGGUCAAAGGUCAGCUGUGACAGUCCGUCCAGUGCUCCGUCCUCCAGGUCCUCGUCUCCAAAGACCCAGCACCGGGACGAGUCCAACAAACGAGUUCCAGCCCGUCUGUUCAGGUCACAGGAAGAGGCGGGGCCACUCAGUCAGCCUGGAGGAGGAUCAGCUGUUUCCUGUUGGAGUCUGUUUGUCAGCCAGAGUUCCUGCCAGAGCUCUGCAAGUCCUGGAGGCCCACGGCGAGGGCAUCAACACGGUGCGGUUCAGCUUCGGCUCAGACCUGCUGGCCACCGGAGGGACGGACCGGGUCAUCAAGGUGUGGGAGGUCAGAGCAGGCUCGCUGACCCACAGAACCACGCUGGACGGCAGCACCGGCAGCAUCACCUGCGUGGAGUUCGACCCCACGGGCCGGAGGAUCCUGGCAGCGUCGUACGACAAGUCGGCCCUGCUGUGGCAGCUGGACGCCUCGGUUCCAAAGGCGUCCAUCAGCGCCGUGUCCUGGUCUCUGACCGGGGAAUAUGUCGUCAGCGUGGACAAGAGUCGGCGGGCCGUCCUGUGGAGUGACAUCUGAACCGGCCAAUCCCGUGGCAGCUCUGAUUGCCGUGGCGACAGGCCGAUCUGAGAGCAGCUUCAGGAAACAUUAAUGAGUUGUUUUAUUUAAUUUGAAUGACUAACGCAGCAGAAGGGACGUGACAUGUUUGUGAUGUUUUCUAACAGAAUCUGUAACAAAUUAAUUUGAAUGUUUUAAGUUUUUAAACUAAGUGAACUCAGGAAACAAAACGUUUUAUUUGAAAACGAGUCAAACUUUMGACCAAAGUUUUUCCUUUUUAAACAACAGAUGUUUUUAUUUCAACAGAACUUUUCUCAACGUCUGAAAGAGACGUUUGUGAAACGGGUCAAAGGUUCAGAACUUUAUGGGUUUUUAGACUGGUUCUGUUCCAUAGUCCUGCUCUGAUCCAGAUGAAGGACCGGUCCGGUCCAGGUCAGUCCUGAUGGUGUUAGGGUUUUGGAUCUCUGCCUUUUAAUGUAAGUUUAAUGUAAAACAGAUCAAAUCCACAGAAACAGGUAUUAGUUCUGGUUCUGGUUCUGAUGUUUUGUUCCUAACACACGAUGAGGUGACGGGUCCAAGCUGGAACACGUUUGUGGUUCUUGUAUUUUCAGUGUUAUUUAUUUGUCUCUGGAUGUUCUGUCUGUUUGGACCGUCGGUUCUGGUUCUGGUUCUGGGAUCCUGUAACACAUUAAACAUGGUGUUGAACUAAAUGAAUUAAAGUGUUUGAUGAAAACAG